AUGGAGCCCACGGGCACAAUCGUCUUCGCCUCCUUCGGCGUCUCCCGCUUCGGCUUCGACGUCUUCUCCGUCGCCGUGCCGCCGGCGGCCCCGGACGAUGUCCCCGACGCGAAGAUGCUCGACGAGCGGCGGCACACGGACGGCGUGUCCGUCAACUUCAACGCCCAGUUCGCGGACGACGCCAGCGACGCGGUCGCGUUCGUCUCCGAGCGGACGGGCGCCGCGAGCCUGUUCCUUUCCAGACCAGGGUCCGAGCGCCCCGAGCCGCUCCCGGCGGCCGAGGGCAGCCUGUUCCACGACCGCCCCACGGUGCGGGGCGGGCGGGUGUACUUCGUCUCCGCGCACGAGAAGCCGGACCGGCCGUUCCGGAGCUGGGCGGCGGUGCACGCGGCGGGACUGGGCGGCGAGGGCGGGGCGGUGGAGCGGGUCACCCCGAGGGGCGUCGUGGACAUGAGCCCCGCCGUGUCGGCGUCGGGGGAGCUCGUCGCAGUCGCGUCGUACGGGGACCGGCCCUGGGCGUUCGACUUCCGGGUCCUGGAGACGGAGAUCGCCGUGUUCCGCGCCGCCGACCCGGCGCGCCGCGUCGUGGUCGCGGGGCGGGGCGGGUGGCCGACCUGGCACGGGGAGCGCACGCUCUUCUUCCACCGCGUCGCCGACGACGGGUGGUGGAGCGUGUUCCGGGUGGACCUCUCGCCGGACACCCUCGAGCCCACCGGCGACGGCGAGCGCCGCGUGACGCCGCCGGGGCUCCACUGCUUCACCCCCGCCGCGGCCGGCCGAGGUGGGGGCCGCUGGAUCGCAGUCGCGACGCGGCGGAAGGACCGCGCGCAGCGGCACAUCGAGCUGUUCGACCUCGAGACCGAGCGCUUCUCCCCGCUCACCGAGCUCCUCAACCCGGACCUCCACCACUACAACCCCUUCUUCUCGCCGUCCGGCGGCCGCCUCGGGUACCACCGGUUCCGCGGCGCCGGCGCUACUGGCGACUCGGUGGUCCCCUACCUGCAGCCGGUGCGGAGCCCUGUGAGGUCCAUCCGGAUGCUCCGCGUGAACGGCACGUUCCCGUCCUUCUCGCCCGACGCGUCGCACAUCGCCGUGAACGGCGACUUCUUCGCGACGCCGGGCGUCAUGGUGCUCCGGUCCGACGGCACCAGGCGGUGGACGAUCAGCAAGGAGCCCAGCCUGUUCUUCACCACGUGGAGCCCCACCGAGCGCGGGGUCGUGUUCACCUCCGCGGGCCCCAUCUUCGAGACCCCGAAAGCGACGGUCCGGAUCGCGCGGGUGGAGUUCGACCCGAGCGAGCUCACCGACGACCGCAAGGAGGUGAGCGCGGCGACGGUGAGGGCGCUCACCCGCCCCGAGGCCGGUAACGACGCGUUCCCGGCGGUGUCCCCCUGCGGGCGGUGGCUGGUGUUCCGGUCCGGCCGCACGGGGCACAAGAACCUGUACGUGAUCGACACGGCGCGCGGCGAGGAGGAGGAGGGCGGCGGCGCCGCCGUCCGGCGGCUGACGGAGGGCGAGUGGAUCGACACGAUGCCGAGCUGGUCCCCCGACGGGAGCCUGAUCGCGUUCUCGUCGAACCGGCACGACCCGGCGAACCCGGCCGUGUUCAGCAUCUACCUGGUGCGGCCCGACGGCUCCCGGCUGCGGCGCGUGUACGUGGCCGGGCCCGAGGGCAGCGCGGAGGCGGACAAGGAGCGGAUCAACCACGUGUGCUUCAGCCCGGACUCGCGGUGGCUGCUGUUCACGGCGAACCUCGGCGGCGUGAUGGCGGAGCCGGUGUCGGGGCCCAACCAGUUCCAGCCGUACGGGGACCUGUACGUGUGCCGGCUGGACGGGUCGGGGCUCCAGCGGCUCACCUGCAACGCCUACGAGAACGGGACGCCGGCGUGGGGGCCCUCGAGCGCCGGGCUCGGGGUGGAGGCGAUGUCGCUGGGCGCGCCCGCCGGGGAGGACCCGAUGGGCCAGUUCGACGAGCCGCUCUGGCUCACUUGCGACGUCUGA